AUGGUGAGCAUGUGCGCAAGCAUGAUGAACAUGCUGCAGCACCCAAACCAAUCAAACCGUCUCAACGUACCCGCGGAAAGAACUCCUGAACCACCACCACAAGCGCUCCCCACCUUGGCUCCUAGUACACCCUUGGCGGACACUAGCACACUCAACAACUUCUUCCGCUAUGCUCAUGUGCAGAUCAACCAAGUGGAAGAAGAUGCCCCUGCCCGUGCGCUCAUCAAAUCGGCAAAUUCCUACGGGCAUUACUUGAGCUUGACCUCUGAUUCUGCGACCUGA